AUGGAUUCCGUGCCAGCAAUUCUCACAUUGGUGUUUCAACAUGUGGAAAAGAUUGAAUAUCACGUAUGGGUUCUCGAAAGCUUUCUGAGCAAGAAGAAAGAGUUACACAAGGAUCUGCUCAUGAUCAUUGCCUACGGCCCGACAGAGGCUCGGUUACCAGCUGUUUGUUUACUGUUUCAUUACUGGCCCGAAACGUAUCCGAGUGUCUUUCAUGGGAAUCAAACAUUACAGCCAGUUCACUACUCAUGGGAACCUUGGAAGCCGCUGACAUGCGAUCGAACGGACUGUCCGAACAAAGCGGGGAAAGCCCUGGCAAUGAAGAUGACCGUCAAUCCCCGUAUCUCUGCGCAACAUGGUGGCAAACCGCCACCACUCUACGUUUGUCUAGACUGUGCCGACGCUUUGAAUCGUCGCGAUUUUGAUCAACUGGUCGAUAUCCUACUACCGAGUAAACAGAUGCCAGUGCCUGAAGUCUGGGACAUGGCUUUGGAUUUACAAUCGUGCAUGGUUGAGGCGGUGGUCUCGCUAACCCGUGAGACGAUGCCUCGUUGGCGUCAGGUCCUUCUCGGCGGUGGAGAUGCAUCUGAUGACCGUGCAGUUGCCGGUUUGACGUGUACAGGUUCCAAUCCUCCUGGCGGUCCUCCCGCUGGCGGCGAUAUGAUUUUACUUGGAGUGAGCACCUCCGCGACCGCUACCGGAUUGAGUAUGGUUGGUGGUGGUGCAACUGUUCCCGGAGGACUUGGCUCAACCGGCCCCGGUGGAGGAGUAGGUCCUGCCGGUCUCGGAUUAACCGGCUCAACGCACCCGGAGUUUACAACAUCUCAAGCGAAUGCAUCAAGCAGCCGGGGUAUAGCUGGACUCGGUGGGAACGCUCUCAACGCCAGUACUGAAGCCGGAGAACUAUCUCUGAUUGGCCGGUAUUCGGAUGAGGACCAUAAAGUGCUGGCCGUCUACGGCGCUCUGCUGGUUGGGGAGAAAUGCAAACCUCGGGAGUGUGUGAACAUUGAAUUAUUGACCCGUAUCACUGCUGGCAUAUUCAAAUGGUUUGUCGAUACAAUCUACACCGCCGAGGAUGAACUGGGCGAUUUACUGGAACGAGUGAAAAGUGAAUAUAUCUUGAAGUGGAUUCAGGAAGUGCAACGACUUCAUCCGGAAGCCGUGUUUGCCGUUUUGUUACCGCAUCCGUUGGAAUACGCACGAAUUGGAAGCUGUUGGGAUGCUCUCUGUGAUCGCACGACGCAAGUUAAACAUGGACUGAGUCGAAUCGGGAGCCUGAUUCCAUACGAUAUUGUCACAUUUGAGACCUGGGAUUUUGUAAUGCCCUACUGGUUAGAGACUAUUCGAACGGAGGUUCCUCGAAGCGAAUACUUUGAACUGGAAGUAUUGCUGAAAAAAAUAUUCGAUGCAACUGCCGGUCCAUUUCCAUUUCUCCCGCAAAAAGUCUAUCAUUUUGCCGCAGAACGUUUUACAAAUACCCCAGUUGCCGUUCAAGAUCAGGCGUUGGCAUGGCUUGAGAUCUUGACCAGCGUAGAAGUUCCUAUUCCAAUGAAGGAGUUGCUCACCAUGUUUCGAAAUGGAGUGGAAUCAUUCCAAAUCGAAAUUCUUCUACCGCCAUCUACCAUUCAGUAUGAUGGUGACGAAGAUCUGAACGUGAAAGAUGAAUCUAGUGACGAAUCCGAAAUUGAUCCUCAUGAGCUAUCAGUAGAUUUGACUGAAACACGUGUAGACGAUAACCCUUUACCGACUAUGGAUGUGGAGGGUGAAGAUGAUGACUAUGAGAAUCUUGUUCAGUCCUCUCGUCGUCGUUCAAUACGGCUAAACAGUGCUGAUAAGACCACAAAGCGUUAUUCCGCUGAGGACGGCGGCAGUCCAGCCGUGUCUGAGGAGGAGGAAGAUGAUGCUCCAGCUCCAGAUGAAACCGUGGGUUUAUUAGGAACCAGUCGAGGUACGUCCGUGACAGCUUCACUACGGAAAGCUCGCAAACCGUUAAGACGCAAGCGGGAGGUGGGACCACGAAGCAAGUCCAAUGUGGCACGCACUGAGUCUGGUUUGCGUAUACAAGAAGAAUUUGCCCAUUCACAACAGCUUAGUCGAUCAAAUCGGACGCGAUCACAACCACGACAAUCGAACGCUUUGGCAGAUUCUUCUGGUGACGCGGCAGGCAUAGGUAGUAGCGGUCUACCUGGUUCGUCCCGAUCCGGUUUGGUCAGUGGCAGACGACGUCAGAGUCGCACGCGUUCGCGACCUGCAGAAGUUCGAGAGUACCGGGCCACGGAGUGUCUGGCCCAAAUGCUUAAUAUUGCCUACAGACAGGUGAGUGCACUAUAA